AUGGAUUAUGUUGAUGAUUACGAUAAUGACAAGGAAGAGGGUACUGAUAAACAUUGUGAUAAUGACGUUAAUGAGAAGGAGGAACAUUAUAACUACGUUGAUGAUGGUGAUAAUGAUAAGGGAGAGGGUAUUGAUGAUCAUGUUGAUAAUGAUAAGGGAGGUAAUAAUUAUGAUCAUGUUGAUAAUGAUAAGGGAGAGGGUAUUGAUGAUCAUGUUGAUAAUGAUAUGAGAGAGGGCACUGAUGAUCAUGUUGAUAAUGAUAAGGGAGAGGGUACUGAUGAUAAUGUUGAUAAUGAUAAGGAAGAUGGUAUCGAUGAUCAUGUGGAUAAUGAUAAGGAAGUGGGUACAGAUGAUCAUGUUGUAAAUGAUUAUGGAUGGGGCUCUAAUGAUUAUGUUGAUAAUGAUCAGGGAAAGGGCGCGGUUGAUCAUGUUCAUUAUGAUAAGAAAGAGAGUACUGAUGAUUAUGUGGAUAAUGAUAAGGGAGAGGGUACUAAUGAUCAUGUUGAUAAUUGUUAG